AUGACCGUUUAGGAUUAAACAUGAAUACCUCAUCAAAAUUACGAUCAGCAAGCACCUUAGUAAAUUUGAUAUCAUGUAAACGGGCCCAAUAAUUUUUCCACUAAUAGGUUGUGUAAACUUCCGAGAAAUAAUGAAGACCAUAUUCAGAGGUUCCCGAUUUCUUGAAUUUGGCAGCAAUUCAAAGGUUAACCUGUGUAGUUUCCGCGCGCGUGUAAUGGACGCAGCAGCAGCAGCAGCUAGGGUUUCCAGUGGUGGCGGCGGUGCGGUUCGCUUUCCGUUAUCUGCAUCCACCUCUCUGGUCAUUCAGAAAGGGGACAUCACCAAAUGGUUCAUCGAUGGUUCCACUGACGCAAUAGUAAAUCCUGCAAACGAGAGAAUGCUCGGUGGUGGUGGUGCCGAUGGAGCUAUACAUAGGGCUGCAGGCCCGGAACUUGUUGAAGCAUGCUGCAAUGUCCCUGAAGUCAGACCCGGAGUUCGGUGCCCAACAGGGGAAGCAAGGAUCACACCAGGUUUUAUGCUACUUGCUUCUAAUGUUAUUCACACUGUUGGUCCAAUCUACAGUGCUGACAGUAAUCCUGCUGCCUCUCUAGCAAGUGCUUACAGGAAUACUAUGAGGGUUGCAAGAGAAAACAACAUUCAGUAUAUAGCAUUCCCAGCUAUAUCAUGUGGUGUCUAUGGAUACCCUUAUGAUGAAGCUGCUACUGUGGCAAUUUCUACCAUCAAAGAGUUCCGAAAUGAUUUUCAAGAGGAAAUCCAGAUGACGACACCCAAGGAGGGAAUUAGAAUAGUAGAUAGUUCAGAAGUAAAUAUAGUAAAUGAUGUUUUUGGCGAGUAUCAGAUAUUUACUUCCUUUAGAAUUCUUGUACAUGAUAGUGAGGUGCCUAGUGAAGUAAUGAUGAUGGAAUUGGAGCUAGCCUUUAGUAUCCCUUUUGAUUUGUCUGUAUAUAGAAUCUAUCACACCCUCUGUAUUUAUAUCUUUUCUGGUGUUGAGAGAACCUCUGCAACAAUAACGUAUCUUGUUACGUACCAUGACCACGAUCAGUCUAGAGUACCAUCGUGAUGGACGAUCGAGCAUAUUACAGGUGUUCAGGUCACUGCAGACCCGGGCAAUCAGUAUCUUGGCUCGGAUGACGAGUUGACUGCUGAAGACCUAGCGAUGAUAGAAGAUUAGCACGAGGAUGACUAGUGCCACUUGGUUAAAAAGUGGUUAGGCUGCUCAUUAGGACCAUUAUUAUUUUGAGUACUUGUAAAUGUAAAUGAAUGAUCUUAAUGUAUUUUGAUAACUUUAUGUGUAUUUGAAAUACAAAUAUAUGUUGUACAUUAUGAAGCAAAUUAUGACUACAAUAUUUGAUGU